AUGGCCCCCGUGCUCAGCAAGGACGCGCCGGACAUCGAGAGUAUCCUGGCUUUAAAUCCUCGGACACAGACUCACGCAACUCUGCGUUCGACUUCGGCCAAGAAAUUAGAUAAGAAACAUUGGAAAAGAAACCCUGAUAAGAACUGCUUUGACUGCGAGAAGCUGGAGAACAAUUUCGAUGACAUCAAGCACACGACGCUGGGUGAGCGAGGAGCCCUCCGAGAAGCACUGAGAUGCCUCAAGUGUGCGGACGCCCCGUGUCAGAAGAGCUGCCCGACGAACCUGGACAUCAAGUCCUUCAUCACCAGCAUCGCGAACAAGAACUAUUACGGAGCUGCCAAGAUGAUUUUCUCGGACAACCCCCUGGGCCUGACCUGUGGAAUGGUGUGCCCGACCUCUGACCUGUGCGUGGGCGGCUGCAACCUGUACGCCACGGAGGAGGGGCCCAUCAACAUCGGGGGCCUGCAGCAGUUCGCUGCCGAGGUGUUCAAAGCAAUGAACAUUCCCCAAAUCAGGGACCCGUCCCUGCCUCUCCCAGAAGAGAUGCCCGAAGCCUACUCGGCAAAGAUCGCUCUCUUCGGUGCCGGCCCUGCCAGUAUAAGCUGUGCCUCCUUCUUGGCACGAUUGGGCUACUCGGACAUCACGAUAUUUGAAAAACAAGAAUACGUUGGCGGUUUAAGCACCUCUGAGAUCCCUCAGUUCCGGCUGCCCUAUGACGUGGUGAACUUUGAGGUGGAGCUGAUGAAGGACCUGGGCGUGAAGAUAAGUUGUGGCAGAAGCCUUUCCGUGAACGACAUGACUCUGAGCACUCUGAAAGCAGAGGGGUACAAAGCCGCUUUCGUUGGCAUUGGUUUGCCAGAACCCAACCGAGACGGCAUCUUCCAGGGCCUGACGCAGGAGCAGGGCUUCUACACGUCCAAGGACUUCCUGCCUCUUGUCGCCAAAGGCAGCAAAGCAGGGCUGUGCGCCUGCCGCGGCCCGCUGCCCGCCCUCCGGGGCGCCGUGAUCGUGCUCGGGGCCGGGGACACCGCCUUCGACUGCGCCACGUCGGCGCUGCGCUGCGGGGCCCGCCGCGUGUUCGUGGUCUUCCGGAAGGGCUUCUCGCACGUCCGAGCCGUCCCCGAGGAGAUGGAGCUGGCCAAGGAGGAGAAGUGUGAGUUCCUGCCCUUCCUGUCCCCGCGGAAGGUCCUGCUCAGAGGCGGGAAGAUCGUGGGCAUGCAGCUGGUGCGGACGGAGCAGGACGAGGCCGGGGCCUGGAGGGAGGACGAGGAGCAGCCGGUGCAGCUGAAGGCCGACGUGGUCAUCAGCGCCUUCGGCUCCGUGCUGAGUGACCCUCGAGUGAAAGAAGCCUUGAGCCCUAUCAAAUUUAACAAAUGGGGUCUCCCAGAAGUGGACCCCGAGACGAUGCAGACCAGUGAGCCAUGGGUGUUUGCAGGGGGCGAUAUCGUGGGAAUGGCUAACACAACCGUGGAAUCGGUGAAUGAUGGAAAGCAAGCCUCCUGGUUCAUUCACAGAUACAUACAGGCCCAGCACGCAGCCACCGUGCCCGCCAGCCCCGCUCUGCCCCUCUUCCACACGCCCAUCGACCUGGUGGACAUCAGCGUGGAGAUGGCGGGGCUGCGGUUCCUCAACCCGUUCGGCCUGGCCAGCGCGACGCCCGCCACCAGCACCACGAUGAUCCGCAGGGCCUUCGAAGCCGGCUGGGCCUUCGCGCUGACCAAGACCUUCUCUCUGGACAAGGACAUCGUGACCAACGUCUCGCCCAGAAUCGUCCGGGGCACCACGUCCGGCCCCUCCUUCGGCCCCGGGCAGAGCUCCUUCCUCAACAUCGAGCUCAUCAGCGAGAAGACGGCCGCCUACUGGUGUCAGAGCGUCGGGGAGCUCAAGGCCGACUUCCCGGACCACGUCCUCAUCGCGAGCAUCAUGUGCAGCUACAACAAGAGCGACUGGAUGGAGCUCGCCAGCAUGGCCGAGGCCUCCGGAGCGGACGCCCUGGAGCUGAACCUGUCCUGUCCUCACGGCAUGGGCGAGAGGGGCAUGGGCCUGGCCUGCGGGCAGGACCCCGAGCUGGUGCACAACAUCUGCCGCUGGGUUCGCCAGGCCAUCCGCAUCCCGUUUUUCGCCAAACUGACCCCCAACGUCACCGACAUCGUCAGCAUCGCGAGAGCGGCCAAGGAAGGCGGCGCAGACGGCGUUACCGCCACCAACACGGUCUCGGGGCUGAUGGGACUCAGAGCCGACGGCACGCCCUGGCCGGCAGUGGGCGCCGGGAAGCGGACCACGUACGGGGGAGUGUCCGGCACGGCCAUCCGGCCCAUCGCCCUGCGGGCCGUGACCGCCAUCGCGCGCGCCCUGCCCGGAUUCCCCAUUUUGGCCACGGGUGGGAUCGACUCGGCUGAGAGCGGCCUUCAGUUCCUCCACAGCGGAGCGUCCGUCCUGCAGAAACUGCCGAGCUUCGGGCCUUACCUCCAGAAGCGCAAGAAGAUGAUAGCGGAGAGCAAGGUGAGGCUGAAGGGGGAGGACGAGGCCUGGCAGCCAAUCCAGAGGCAGCGUUUUACGCCCAAAGGGCCCGUUCCCGCCAUCAAGGACGUCAUCGGGAGGACGCUGCAGCACCUGGGCGCCUUCGGGGACCUGAGCACCUCGGAGCAGGUGGUGGCCCUGAUUGACGAGGACAUGUGCAUCAACUGUGGCAAGUGCUACAUGACCUGCAACGACUCGGGCUACCAGGCCAUCCAGUUUGACCCCGAGACCCACCUGCCCAGCGUGCGGGACGCCUGCACGGGCUGCACCCUGUGCCUCAGCGUCUGCCCCAUCAUCGACUGCAUCCGCAUGGUUGCCAGGACGACCCCUUACGUGCCCAAGCGGGGCCUGCCCCUGGCCGUGCGGACCGGGUGCUGA